CCACUAGCUCGUUUCUGCAGGCGCUCAACUUUGCCAUAACGCCGCCGCUGAGGCACCAGGAACUCAAUCGCUGGGUUCUACGUCUUGUACGCAUCACCAUAAGUCUGCGCUAGCGUUGACAAGGCGCGCCGCGGCCUAGCCCCAACAAACAAGCCUAGCUUCCUCCAACAGCCAUGCUCGCCGCGCGCGCCUUCAGGCAAGCCGCCGCGCGGGCGCCCACGGCGGCCGCACGGGCUGCGCGGCCCGGCGCGGGCCGUAGUCGACAAAUGUCCUACGCCUCCUUCUACGACACGUACCUCAAGAGCAACUCGUCGAUGGUGACGUUCAUCGUCGCCGGCGCGAUCGUCACGGAGCUUUUAUUUUCCAAGGGGACCGACGCGCUCUGGAGCGCGGCGAACGGUGGGAAAUUGGUCGAGCACGUCGACUGGACGAAGUGGAGCGCGGACGACGACGACGACGAUGAUGAUGAUGAUGACGACUAAGGAACGCCGUCGCCGCGCCGCCGACGAUCGAAGCCUAAUUAUCC